AUUUUUUAAAUAUGAAAAACUCAUUAUAACAUUUUAUAAAUUUAAUAAAUCUCUUGAUUCUUAAAAUCAAUCAACUCUGCCUAAAUUCAUCUCCCACUAACCCUUCCCCCCUAAACAACCAUUAAACAUACCUAAAUCAAUUUUCAAACUAAUUAAAGUUAAAAUAACUAAUAAAUAAAUAUUACAAAACAAUUAUUGUGGAUGGUUACACCAGCGCCGCUGUCAUGCAAUCCUCGUAUGUUUCUAACGUUAUGUCUCAUUGUUUGAGUGUUUUAAGAUCCUGAGAGAUGCAAAAAAUGUUGUCAAUGCAGGGAUCUCUCCGGGAGAAUCCUAGCCAAGCGAAAGAGUACAUAAUACCAAAUGGAGAUUGGUUUGAGAUUGUCUCUAGUCCACAUUACUUGGCAGAAAUCAUUUUAUAUGCGGGCUUGCUGAUUGCUAGUGGAGGAACAGAUGUAACUAACUGGUUACUCUUUGGUUUUGUGGUUGGGAAUCUAUCAUUAUCGGCUGGAGAAACUCACCGGUGGUAUCUCCGGAAGUUUGAGAAUUAUCCGGCUAACCGGAAUGCUAUUUUUCCUUGUGUUUACUAAAUGGUUAAAGAGAGAGAGAGAGAACACAGCUUCACCAAUGUUAAGAGCUAUGCUUAUCAUCUUUAUGCUAUUCUCAGUUAAUGAAUUUACCAAAGCUUAUAAUCUCAAGCAGGUACAUUUUAAUCACAAGAAAGAAAUUUGAUCAAUCUUAUAUCAUUU